AUGAGUGGAGCCAGGAAAAAAGUUCAUUUAAAGGUGAUCAUCCUGGGCGACAGUGGAGUGGGUAAGACUUCGCUGAUGAACCAGUACGUGAACAAGAAGUUCACAGCCCAGUACAAGGCCACCAUCGGGGCUGACUUCCUUACCAAAGAGGUCAUGAUCGACGACAGACACGUCACCAUGCAGAUAUGGGACACGGCAGGCCAAGAGAGGUUCCAGUCAUUGGGCGUGGCCUUCUACAGAGGAGCGGACUGUUGUGUGUUGGUGUAUGACGUCACCAGCCAGCAGUCGUUUCGCAAUCUGGAGUCGUGGAGGGACGAGUUCCUCAUCCAAGCAUCCCCCAGAAACCCAGAGGAGUUCCCAUUCGUUCUACUCGGAAACAAGGUUGACCUUGAGAAUCGUGCGGUGGGAGUAAAGCGUGCGCAGCAGUGGUGUCAGAGCAAGAACAAUAUUCCCUACUUUGAAACGAGCGCCAAAGAGGGCAUCAACGUCGAGCAGGCGUUCUGCACAAUUGCAACCAACGCACUGGCCCAGGAGGCAGAUGCAGGCAACUUCGGAUCAGAUUUUCCAGCCCAGAUUGACCUCAAGACAGAUCCACCUAGAGAAAAAGGAGGCUGCAGUUGCUAGAUUUCCAUCCCCUCCCCUCCCCCAAUAGCACUAAACCACAGUUAGAUCAGAUGACACAACGAAAAAUCAUUGAUAGACGAAUGUGAUAGAAAGGGUCAGACGUAUUACGACGAAAUAAUGGAGAAAACUUGUUUUUAUAUGUCCAAAUAUUUAAAUAAACUCUCCUACCCGUUUCUAGAUGUAGUUAAAGCAACACCUGAUGUACCAAUUUUUACUAUCCUAAUUAAUUGAAUAAUGAAAUCAGACUAUUACUGAUGGUAUGUAUGGUUUUAUUAAACUAUUGCCCUAUUUAUCGAAAAAUACAAUUCCGUUCUGAUCUAAAUAGAAAAACAUUUCCGAGCUGCUCAAUUCUGUUUUUGAAGACUAAUUACCGCGCAAUCGGAAAAGUUUAUAAAGGAAGAGGAUUUUAAAAUCAUGAUCAACAAAGUGAAAAAUGGAUUAGUCCGUUUUAAAAUCUUUAGACACAGUUGAUAGUGACUAAUAUGUACCAAAGUGACGUUUGAACUAAUAAGUUUAUGAAUAAAUUAUGCGGCUAUGCGAUAAAUUUAAUUUUACAUCAGAUCAUGUAGUAUAAUCUUUGUCCAGUUACAUUGAAAAGAAUA